AUGAAGUUUAUUUCUGGAAGUGACUGGGGUGCAGAUGCUAAGACCCUAAGAACUACAUACAUUUCUUUGGUUCGCCCAGUUCUUGAAUACGGGUUUCAAAUAUAUCAUGUUGCCUCGAAUACCAAUUUGCAGAAACUAGAGCGAGUUCAGCUCAGCUCCUACCGUUCUCAACAUCGAACCGCUAAUUUCCUGUGUGGUUGGAAGAACACUCAGAGGUUGAAGAGGUAUAGUCCUCUUGGACAUGCUGAAAAGUUAGAUGUUUUGCAACCCAUUGUUUCUUCUAACUCUCUAAAGCCUAUUGCUUCCCCUCUUGACAAAUUAUCUGGUGUGUACUUCCAUACAGAACUAUUGACUUACACUAAUAAAUCUUCUCAACAUCCUGAAUUUCUAAGACAAGCUGCUCUUGAAGUAAUCAAUAAUAUCCCAUCUGAAGCUGUACUGAUUUAUACUGACGGUAGUAAAGAUGAAAAUGGUCACACUGGUAGCAGGGUUGUAAUUAAAUCCGGCAAUGAAGAGACUUUCCUUAGUCAGCGCAACCCUGACUUUAGUUCCGUCUUUGGCUCAGAAUUGAUAGCCAUUGACAUGGCUCUGGGCUUUUCUUUAGAUCACCAAUUAAUCGGUGAGAUUUGGCUUCUAGUUGAUAGUCGUAGCGUCAUACAGUACUUAGAAAACUGGAGGAAUAUUGUAGACCAGAGAGGCAUCCGUGUUUUUGAAAAAUUAAAAUUGAUGUCCAAGUCCUCCGCUAUACAUUUUCAAUGGAUACCAUCUCAUGUAAACCUUAAAUAUAAUGACAUUGCCGAUAGUCUGGCUAAGAAGGGUUCAUCCCUGACUCUGAAUUCUGCUGAGCCCUUAACUUUCCAGGAAAUGCAUUCCAGAAGUAAGGCCCUAGUCAACUCAUCUUGGAAACUACCACCUUCCCAUCCUUGGUACCUUGGCUCUGGCCCUGGUGGUGCUCUGAGCUUUGGCGGUGCUAGACAAGACCAGACGGCUCUGUCUAGAUUUAAAUCUGGCCACCUCAAGACUCUUCGGUUCUCCGGUGGGAACAAGAUCUUCCCCAUCUGCACAAAGUGCAAUUCAAGCGAGGCCACUGCUGAGCAUUUGCUUCGCUGUAUUGGCUUUUCCCGGGAGAACCUGCUUCAUAGCCCCAAUAAUGUCCUUGAUGGUUUGAAGGCGAAUGGUCUCAUGGACCUGAUCUGA